AUAAGAUACUAAGACCUCAUGCUCUCUGCUUCCUCACAGUUGCUCUGGCUUUGCACAGUUGCUCUGGCUUUCAAUUGUUAAUUAGAAUCAUUGAUGUUCAAAGCUCUACUGAAAAGUUCCAAGAUGUCAAUGAGAGCCAUUCAGGUUAAGGAGUUUGGUGCCAGCUGGGUCAUGCAAUUAGUUCCUGAUGUGAAAAAACCAAUUCCAGAAAAGAAUGAGGUGCUGGUGGAGAUGAAAUAUUCGGGUGUAAAUCCUGUGGACACCUACAUCCGCAGUGGCAGCUAUGCUGUACUACCCCAGCUGCCGUACAUUCCUGGCAAGGAUGGUGCUGGUGUUAUUGCCCAAGUGGGAAAUGCUGUCAAAAAAUUCAAAGUGGGCGACCGGGUGUUUGUUGAACAGAGUGGCAGACACGGAACUCUGGCAGAGUUUGCUGCAGUGCAUGAAGAUCGCACAUAUCUUUUGCCUGAGAAUUUGAAUUUGGAACAAGGCGCUGCUCUUGCAAUUGCUGCAUUCACAGCUUACAGAGCUCUUCAUUUGAAAGGUGGUGCACGCAAAGGUCAUCGCGUGUUGGUGCACGGGGCCAGCGGCAGUGUGGGCCAGGCGGCCGUGCAGCUCGCACGUGCUGCGGGCCUCCACGUCGUAGGCACGGCAGGCACGGCCGAGGGCGAGGAAGUCGUGCUGCAGUGUGGUGCCGCCGCCGUGUACAACCACCGACGACCUGGUUACCUCGAUGAACUGAAGGCAAAGGAGAGCGAAGGGUUCGACAUUGUGCUGGAAAUGUUAUCGAACGUCAACCUCGGCAACGAUUUGAGUCUGUUGCGCCGACGCUCCGUUGUUGUGGUGGUGGGGUGCAGAGGGGAGGUGACCAUCAGCCCCAGGCUGCUCAUGGCUAACGAGGCGUCCAUCGUGGGAUGUGCUCCCUCUGCUGCUGAUGAGGAAGAAGCAGCCAGUACGGCAGCUGCUGUCAUCCAGGCUGUGCAGAAAGGCCAACUCGUGCCUCGCGUCUCUAAAAUAUACACUCUGGAGCAGGCAUCCCAGGCUCACGACGACGUUAUAAAUAAUCCCUCGCUUGGCAAGCUAAUAGUGGAUGUGACAGCGUGAAUAGCGUCUUCAGCUUCAUGCUUUACAUUACUGUCAGGGCACAGUGUCUUGUGAUUGAAGAUUUCAUGUUAUUUUAGAUCUUUAAGUCAAGUUAACCUUUUUUCUGAGACAUCGCGACUGAGACAUAGACGAAUCGUUAGAUGUCAAAGCACAUAUUUAUUUAAGUUCCGAUUUUACAGACGCUAGUGUAUUAGUAUCGUUAGCGGGGUCAUGUCAUUAUAUUGUGAUGUGAAGACAUGUUUUGGGGGAGUGUAAUGUGAUUUACCUGUGAUUUCUUAGAGAUGAGAUACGUUGUACGGUUGAGAUAUAUACCUUUUAUUUAUGAGUGUCAUUAACAUAUAUUCGAUUAGAA